AUGACAAAUCUUACCAUUGAGAGCAAUCCAAAGAACACCACAGUACUUUUGAACAGCACCUUGACACUUCUCUGUGUCACAAAUGCCAACCCUCCUGCUUUGUAUCACCUGUAUUUCAAUGAGAGUUAUAUUGGUAACAGCAGCUCUGGAAAGUUUAAUUUUACUGUUGAAGGCGAUGGAGUUUACACUUGUGUUCCAAUAAACACAGUGGGCACAGGAAACAAUGACACUCUAAAUAUUACCUCUGUUGGUGAGUUACCAUGUAUCUUUUUAUACUACUGUUGCUAAGGUGAGUCAUGGUGGUUGGUGUGACUCAUAAUUAUAAUGAAUUAUGUGAGGAAAUUAGAACAUGAUGCUUUCUUGGUGCUUAUUGUCUUUGGUUUAAACUGUUUUGUGUUGAGUCUGUCUUGAUUUUGAAAGCAUUGUUUUACAAAUCAUUGCAUGGAUGUGUUAUAAAAAUGUACUAGUUGAGCUUUUUAGAAAAAAGAAGACAAAAAAGUGUCACCGUCAGGCUUUAAUAAUUCAUGAAAGGCCACAAGUUGUAAAUUACAUUUCCCUAGGAGUUAUUUCAUGGUUUACAUGUAAGUAUUUUUAAUACAUGUGUGAUUGUAUAAAAGAUAUUGCACAAUAACAAGAAGAUAUGAAUUUGAAGUUCUUGUAUGUACAUUUUCCUGAAAGGAGUGAUAUAGAGUUCUUUCUACACCCAAAGUUUGUUUUGUCUAAUUGCUUACAGCUGUAUAAAUUAUGUAAUUUUCCUCUUUUUAUCUGGACAAAGAAAACCACAGUUCAUGUAAUUAUUUAGUGUUGCACAAUUUAAUUAAAAUACUGCAAAGCUAGGAUACCACACCACAAUUUGAAAAAGUUAAUGCCUAGUUUUAAACAAAAUCACAAAAAGUCUUGUUGCCAGAUUACUCCACAAAAACAAGAGAUAGGUUUAACUUUGUCAGACAGAACACAGGCUAAAACGUAGGGUUUUAAGUUAGGGGUUUUUCAUUCACAGACCACACAGACUUUAAUUUGGUUGUUUCACGUCGUUUGUUUUGCAGAGGAUGGCUGAGAAAUGUGCAAAGUUUUAAAAGUCAUGUGCUGAGCUAUUCUUCUACUCAUUAAAUCUUUGCAAAACACAAGCCUUUUAUGAACGCAUUGGAUGAACACUAAGUUUUAAGUAUAAAAUUGAUUUCCUCCCACAGAAAACCUAUUGGUAGAAAAAGAAGUAGUGAGCUUUGUCAAAGCAAAAAAAUAUUACAUUGCGACAUAAAUUGCAAACUGAAAUUUUAAUGCCAAUGAUGAUGGAAAUUUUGAUGUUUAUGAACUGUAGUCACCUACUUAAUGACAUCAAACUACAGAUACUAAUCAAGUUAAGAAAUCUCCACAUACCACUGCCUUUAUUCAAAACAUACACUCCAUCGACCGUUCAUUUAGAGACUUUAAACAGGUUAUGUAGCUCUGGAAGAAAAGAAACACUGACUUUGGAAACAUUAGGAAAAGCUGAACAUAACCAGCUGUAAUAAAACUGAUCAGUUUCAUAAAACCAAUGUCUGAGGAUUUCAACUUAAUUCCAUGACUACAAAAUAUUGCUGGCCUGCUACUCUAACCUUGUGUCAGAGAAUUUCAGGUUUCAGAAGCAUGUAGACAAUUGAUAGGUUGAAUAACUUAAACCUGCUUUAUUCAAGCCCUCAAUCAGAGAGUUUAUUCCUGUGAAAUUGCACUACAGUUAGUGACAUGUUUUACAGAUGACCUUCAACAGAUCAAAAUCAUUUUCAAUUUUAUUCCUAUAAAUAUGUGAAUGAACAAAUCACAGAUAUCCAUGUUAUUUGCAUUUUAUCAUUGACUUUUAUUCAGCUGUAAAACUUACCAAACAAGAUUUAGUCUUCUUACGAAAUAAACAGUUCACUAGUUCAGGAACACAUUGCUUAAAAUCACAAAACAAACAUCCUCCAGCAGAAUUAAGCAUGAUUGUAUUGUAAACCAACAAUAUAUGGAUCAGGUGAACAAGUGUAGGAUUGACACAUGAUUUGAAACAGCAUCACAGAUACAGGAUUUCCCCAAAAAAAAAAAAAAAAAAAAAAUAGUGCAGGAGAAAUUGAUACAAGGAAGAGCAGAACAUACCCAGAGGUAGAAACCCAAUUUUUGUGAUGUCUAUUUGAAAUCAUGCACCUAUUAACUAUGCGUUCAUCUAUUGCAUUUGGCUUACAGGAGGGUCUUGCUUCAGCUUGGGGAUUUGUUUUUUUAUUACAUCUAAAAUCAACACUUCUUGUAUUUUUGGAUUCUUUAACUUGACAAGAAAGAUAAACCCCAUUUAGUAAGUUUUACAGGUGUAUAAAAGUCAGCCUUUUAAAGCUAUUGCAUGAACUAUUUCAGCUUCAUAAGUAUCAGCAAUUUGAACUCAGUCUAAUAAGUAAAAGGGUAGCUGACUUCAUUAGCAUUAAAAUUUCAGUGCAUGAUUUAUGUCAAAAUACAAUUUUUGCCUUGUCUUUCCAUUGAGAGGUUUUGUGAGGGAAGAGAUCAAGUUUAUGUUUAAAACUAAGUAUUUAAUAUAUAUUUAUCCAGGUGCCAUUGAAAGCCUGCUCACAUGCUUCUUUGAAAUAGUAUGCUCAGGUUUUUUCCAUUACUCUAUGCCAUCCUUUUAUUUUGUAUUAAGUGGUUCAAUUUGUGUCUCAGUUCCUUCAUCAGUAGAAAUAUCAAACAAAACAGCCAUUGCAGUGGAGGGACACAGAUUGAAUUUUACUUGUACUGCAUCUGGCAAACCAAAGCCCAAGAUAGCAUGGACUAAAGUUGGCAGUGCUAUAGUGAUAACAGACACACCAUCAGUUUCAGUUAUUGUGGACAGACCAAGGACAGCAGACAACACGAUCCAGUAUCAAUGUACAGCCAGUAAUGGAGUGGAGACACCUGUUACAGCCACAGUCAAUGUCACUGUUUACUGUAAGUAUCAGUAUUCAUUUUUCAGACUUUUGUAUUUGGCAAUUGUAGAAUCUCUGGAGCAGGUUAAUUAGAAGAUUACUGUAAUUCUGAAGUAAAUGGGUAAUUUAUCCUAAGGAACAAAACUGCAUAAAGACAGAGUUGGUCCCUACUUAGACUCCUACAAGGGACAGAUGGUCCUUAAAACGUUUUCAGAGGUCACAGAUACAGAUCAUAUGUAGCCCUUAUAACAUUUUCAGGGAGCACAAUAAGUCCUGUUCUCAAGCUAAGGGAAUGCAUAGUUCCCUCCAACCUCACAGGCCAUUUACAGUCCUCAUUAGAUCAAUGAGCACAGAGCUGGUCAACUAGAAGUGCAAAUUCAGUGUAGGGUAUGAAUGCUCUAUCCUAAGUGAUAACUGAUGAGUGAUGGACACAGAUGGUUCCUUCUCAAGUCACAGGUUGCAGUUAUGUAUGUUACUGAAUAGAUUUUGGGUUACUGAAGUUUCCAAACUUGUCAUGAUGUUGAUAAAAAAUUCAGUCUGCAGUGUGUCGAAAAAAAGAUGAAAAAAAGGAUCUCAACAAAAUGAAACUAAUAAGAAUUUCCAAAAACAAAACAAAAUUAAAAUUACCAUGUAACAAAAAGGGUAUAAAAUGUAAUCUUAAGUAUAUACACAAAAGGCUUAGUAUGAACCUGCAGUUGAGAAGUAAAAUAUUCUGAAGCAAUCAGAAAGAGGAAGAAUACAGCCUGAAAAUUCUGUUUAAUACUAAUACCAAAUGCGUGAUUAUAUGUGUACCUUCAACUGAUUGUGGCACAAAUCAUUUUGUUUUGAGUUUACUGUUACACCAAUGAAGUUGUGGCUCAAAGCUUCUUAAAUAAUUAUAUUCUUGUAAAAUUUGGAUAUGCUUGAUUAAAGCCUUAAAAUCUUAUUCCCUGGUUGAAAUAUGUUGAACACUCCAGUAAGUACAAAGCAACUGUUUGCCACUUGUCACUGUGUUAUUUUCUUGUUAACCUGGUUGUAAUAUGAAGUUUUCCUGUUUUUGAUUUUAUAGUUGCUCCAGAGAUGACAAAUCUUACCAUUGAGAGCAAUCCAAAGAACACCACAGUACUUUUAAACAGCACCUUGACACUUCUCUGUGUCACAAAUGCCAACCCUCCUGCUUUGUAUCACCUGUAUUUCAAUGAGAGUUAUAUCGGUAACAGCAGCUCUGGAAAGUUUAACAUUACUGUUGAAGGCGAUGGAGUUUACACUUGUGUUCCAAUAAACACAGUGGGCACAGGAAACAAUGACACUCUUAUUAUUACUACUGUUGGUGAGUUACCAUGUAUCUUGUAUACUACUGUAACUAAGGUGAGUCAUGGUGGUUGGUGUGACUCAUAAUUAUAAUGAAUUAUGUGAGGAAAUUAAAACAUGAUGCUUUCUUUGCUUUGAUUUUCUCUGGUUUAAACCAUUUUGUAUUACUUAGCCCUUUGUUCUUUGUUUUAGGCAGGCACCUUGAGCUUUUUUGGCAUGGAUGUGUCAAAAAAAAGAAAACAAAAACAUACAAACAAUUGAAAGCAUCACUGUCAGGCCUUUAUAAUUCAUGGAAAGGCCACAAGUUGUUUCUUUUUCUUAGGAGUUGUUCCAUAUUUUCCGUGUAGGUAAUUUUAAUACUUGUGUGGUUGUAUAAGAGAUAUUACAUGAUAACAAGAAGAUACGAAUUUUAAGUUCUUGUACAUUUACUUGAAAGGAGUGGUACAGAGUUCUUUCUAAUCACAACAAAAUAUUGUUUCACCCUGCUACUCUAAACUUGUGUCAGAGAAUGUUGGGUUUCAGGAUCGUAUACUAGACAAUUGAUAGGUUGAAUAUUUUAAACAUGCUUUAUUCAAGCCCUCAAUCAGAGAGUUUUAUUCCUGUGAGAUUGCUCUACAUCAAGUGACAUGUUUUACAGAUGACCUUCAACAGAUCAAAAUAAUUUUCAACUUUUUUCCUAUAUAUAUGUGUGUGAACAAAUCACAAACAUUUGCAUUUUAACAUUGACUCGUUUUCAACUGUAAAACUUACCAAACAAGAUUUUGUCUUCUUGCAAAAUCAAACAGUCCACUAAUUCAGGAACACAUUGAUUAUAAUCACAAAACAAACAUCCUCCAGCAGAAUUAAGCAUGAUUGUAUUGUAAACCAACAAUGAAUGCAUGGGGUGAAAAAGUAGUUAAUAUUGACAUGUGAUUUGAAACAGGUAUCACAGAGACAGGAAUCCCCCAAAAAAAAAAAAAAAAAUACAGUGUGGGAGAAAUUAAUACAAGGAAAACCAGAACAUACCCAGAAGUAGAAACUAGAUAAGAUAAGCAAUCAAGCUACCAAGCAUUACUGGACAAUAGUGAUCUAAUGAUGCUUUAGAACAGAAGACUGCAAGGUAUUGCUAUCUUUAUGUGUAAGGUGAAACACAAACUAUGCCCCACCAUAAUGAGCAAGCUAUUUCAUACGCAUUGUUCGCCCUUAAACUUAAGGGUGGCGUAGUUUGCCAUCCCCAGAUUUAGGACCAAGAAAUAUGGUGAACGUUCGCUUACCUUAACUGGGGACCAAAGUUGUGGAAUAAGCUACCAAGCAAAAUUAGAACCCUCCCAUGAUUAUUUAGUUUAAAAAAUUGUAUCCGUAAGUUUCAUUUGAUGGUAAUGGUAGAAUGAUAUUUGUUCCAAUGACAUUCUUUGUAAUUCUUUAACUUUUUUUUUUUAUAAUAAUUUAUCCCAUUUAUUGAUAGUUAAGUGCCACUCUCGCUAGGAGCGGCCCUCUCGACUUCCCGUCGGAAAAAAGUUUUCUUUUAUUUUUUGCCCAUGAAAAGGGUUUAGGACACAUGUUUCAAAAAUAGUUUAGUUGUUCUCCUAUUCUCUUUUUUGCGUCGCCACAAGCCAAAAACGAUUUUUGGCCAAACCGCCCCUGUGGACAGCGAUCGAAAGUGUAAAUUUCAAAGAUUUUGUCCAGCGCGCAGCGACUGCAACAAUGUAGCUCACGGAAUUCUAUCUUGCUGCAAGUUACAAGGUGUUUGAGUUAGUUCACAGACAAAAUAUGGAAACUUCAGCUGAAAUAUUUUUCAUAUCAGCGUGAUCAGAGGAGACCCUUCUCCUCGACCUUAAUUUGCAUAUCAAAAAUUCACUACUUUGUAAGAAAGAAUUACCAAAAUGCAGGCGUUAAUCGGGCUGAAAAAGCAUAUCAGUGCAUAGUUUAUGCACUAAUGAGGUCACGGAUUGCCUCAAACCCGCGGGUAUAUCUCUAGCUUCUAUCCACCAACUUCUUGAAAACAACGCAAAUCCACGUGUUUGCUCAAUUGCGCUCGUGUCAAAGAUCAUUUUCAUGAUUCUUAGAAUUGAUCAAGAUCUCCCUUUGACCGUUCAAACUUCGUUCGUUUAUCUUCUACGUUGAGGAUUUUAGGUUUUCUCGGCAAUUGAAUGGAGAUUAGAUGCCGAGUUGUCCUAAAAUGUUGCGUAAACGUGAUCGGUCGUAACGCUUACGCGCUUGCGUGACUUACAAAGUAGACAAAGGUGAGGUGUCUACAAAACGAAGACCGAAGACCAAAGACCGAAGACCGAAGACCGAAGACCGAAGACCGAAGACCGAAGACCGAAGACCGAAGACCGAAGACCGAAGACCGAAGACCGAAGACCGAAGACCGAAGACCGAAGACCGAAGACCGAAGACCGAAGACCGAAGACCGAAGACCGAAGACCGAAGACCGAAGACCGAAGACCGAAGACCGAAGACCGAAGACCGAAGACCGAAGACCGAAGACCGAAGACCGAAGACCGAAGACCGAAGACCGAAGACCGAAGACCGAAGACCGAAGACCGAAGACCGAAGACCGAAGACCGAAGACCGAAGACCGAAGACCGAAGACCGAAGACCGAAGACCGAAGACCGAAAAACGAAGACCCUAAUUUUUUUGCCCGAAUAAGGCACAGACAGUUAAGAAACCAAGCCAAAGCGUUCCUCAGCGCAAACAGAUGUGAAAAUAACGGGGAUCUUCGUUUUGUAGAAAAGACCCCCUGAAUCUACAAAACGAAGACCCUUACUAAAACGCUUUGUUUGACCCCAAUUGACGCGAAAUUAAGGGGGUCUUCGUUUUGUAGAAAAGACCCCCUGAAUCUACAAAACGAAGACCCUUACUAAAACUCUUUGUUUGACCCCAAUUGACGCGAAAUCAAGGGGGUCUUCGUUUUGUAGAAAAAACCCCUGAGUCUUUACAACGAAGACCCUUGCUAAAACGCCUUGUCAGACUCCAAAUGACACGAAAUCAUUAGGGUCUUCGUUUUGUAGAAUUCGAAAUGACUGUGUGAAUAUACAAAACGAAUACCCUCGAUUGGAUAGUUCCCUUUGGCAAUGAAAGUUAGACACAAAAAGAAUAAAAUAUUGUUUUAUUUGUGGUUAUGCAAUUCUGGAAUUAUAGAAACUGUACACAGGGAAAAUGUCUUCGAUUCCUGAUAAAAUUAACAAAAUUUUAAAUACUCAUUCCCAUUUAAAAAAACAUUAACAGAAACUAAAGUAAACAACGAUGUGCUAAUUAUCAAACUACAGUGAAAUUGAAAUCUCCUGUAUCACAUUUGCAGUGAUGUAUAAGUAUGUAUAAAGUAUGUAUACAGGCAUGCGUGUUCUCCCUACUAUUGACAUAAGCUAGAAUAUACGAGGAACUAAUUCAUACUAGGAAAAAUGGCUGCGAUCCCCAUUUACAGGGUUAUUAUUCUAACAGCAAUUACAGGGAAAAAAUGGUACUCAUGUUUCCUUCGAAAUAUCUCGUCUUAGUAGCUCGCUUUCAAAGUACACAUUUUGCCAGCGGGUUGAGAGUGAUGCACCAAAGCAAAGCUUUGCGAAAUAUAGGCACAUAACCUAAUGUAUAAGGCCUAUUCAACCAAUUAUGUUAGGAUCAGUAUUAAGUCACGCAAGAAUGCACAGAACAAAACUUCCUUUACAAAAUAUGUGCAAUUUUUAUAGUGUCUUUUUAUAUUCAGUUAUAACCUGUCAGUUUUAAGAAUCCUUGUUUGAAAACGUUAAAAAUUGAGGCACAGCAUGCAGAAACCUCGGCAUCACUGCUUCUAUUUAAGAGAUUCCAGGCAAGAUAAGCACAGUUUCUAAACUCUUAUAUCUACCUUGAUUUAACAAAAAGUACCUAAAAAAAUUGAUCAUAAUACUAUACUUCUAACAUAAAGCUCUUUGCAGAGAUCAUUCCGUGCGGAAAAUCGUAUCUCAAGGAAGCGUAAAUUACUGUACUAUAUGUCUUUUCGGACCAACAAUUGUAUCAAAAGCAUAGCAAUGUAAUCGUGAACUCUAAAAUUUAAUUAAUAUUGUUUACAUAAUGAAAUAAAAGCAUGUUUGAAAAUAAACUUUAAGUGCAAGCGCGUGAGCCGAUCUGAAGCUUCCUCAAGCCAUGCACAAUCUCAAAUAAAUCAAGGAAAACCGUUUUACAUAGCCGAUAGCUUCGUUUUCGAGGAAUUCGGAAAUAAAAGCUAGCACCAUAGCUGACUCAGUGACAGGUUUCGCAUAUGGUUUAUGUCAGUGGGCGACAGGAUCGGAAACUCACGCCCACGAACCGAAGCUCCGUCAUAAAAUUGGAUAGCUCGUUCUAAGUCAGGAGCUCCGAAAUCAUGAUCCCGUCGGGCAGCACAUACCCCUAUAGGCAAUGUAUAGGAGUUCCCCCCCCCCUCUCCCGGGGUCUGACAAAGCGUUUUAGCAAGGAUCUUCGUUUUAUAGAUUUAGGGGGCUUUUUCUACAAAACGAAGACCCCAUUGAUUCCGCGUCAAUUGGCGUCUGACAAAGCGUUUUAGUGAGGGUUUUCGUUUUAUAGAUUCAGGGGGUCUUUUCUACAAAACGAAGACCCCCUUGAUUUCGCGUCAAUUGGCGUCUGACAAAGCGUUUUAGUGAGAGUCUUCGUUUUAUAGAUUCAGGGGGUCUUUUCUACAAAACGAAGACCCCCUUGAUUUCGCGUCAAUUGGGGUCUAACAAAGCGUUUUAGUGAGGGUCUUCGUUUUGUAGAUUCAGGGAGUCUUUUCUACAAAACGAAGAUCCCCGUUAUUUUCACAUCUGUUUGCGCUGAGGAACGCUUUGGCUUGGUUUUUUAACUCUCCGUGCCUCAUUCGGGCAAAAAAAUUAGGGUCUUCGGUCUUCGGUCUUCGUUUUGUAGACACCCGACAAAGGUGAUCGGAAGGCGCCUUCUCGAUAAUUUAAGUUGAAAUAUCAGGUCAUGAACUACGCACAGUGUGGAGAAGAUUAAAAUUAAAGAACAAAAUUUGGCACUCUGGUCAUAACAGACAUAUCGCGUUGCUUAAAAGGACGCAAAAACAAGUUAAAAUAGGUUACAGUGUUUAUAUUUACGAAGAAACUACUCCUAUUACAAGUCGUUCGUAAAGCCUAUGAUAAGUAAAAAUGUUUCUAUUCUGAACUAUUGGAACUCUUAGCUUAUUUUCAGAUGCAAACCAACAUUAAUGUCUACGUCUUAACAAAAGUGGAGACUAUUACAUCGAACUCAAUUUUAUUUUUCAAAUUUUAACGAUCAUUAAUUAAUAAAUUGCUGAGGGAUCCGAAAUAACACCUUAACAAUUACGAAGACGUCUAGAGUCUAGCGAUCUGCAGACAAUGCAGAGCAACUCGCAUAUUCAAGACAAAUUAAGAAAGUUUAUAAUGAUGAUGAUAGAAACCCAAUUUUCGUGUUGUCUGUUAGAAAUCAUGCAUCCAUUAACUAUGUAUUCAUUUGGUGCGUUUCUUAUUGGCCUACAGCAGAGUCUUGCUUUGGCUUGGGGCUGUUUGUUUUUUGAUUACAUCUAAAAUCAACGUUUCUUGUAUUUGUGAACUGUUUAACUUGACAAGAAAGAUAAAUCCCAUUUGGUUAGUUUUACAGGUGUAUAGAAGGCAAUGUACUUUAAAUGCUAACAACAUGGAUAUCAGCGUUUUUGCUCCUUCACAGAUUUAAAGGGAUAAAUGUACAAUGUUUAUUAUGUAAAUGAUCUUGAUCUGUGAAUAGAGGUUGUUGUAUGAACUAUUUCAGCUUGAUAAGUAUCAGCAAGUUGAACUCAUAUUAAUAAGUAAAAAGGUAGCUGACUUCAUAAGGAUUAAAAUUUCCGUGUGUGCUUGAUUUAUGCCACGUAAUAUUUUUUGCUUUGACAAAACUCAUUUUAAAUUCUCUUUCCUCUGAGAGGUUUUGUGUGGUAAGAAAUCAAGUUUAUGUUUAAAAGUAAGAGAUUAAUAUGUAUUUGUCCAGGUGCCAUUGAAAGCCUGCUCACAUGCUUCUUUGAAAUAGUAUGCUCAGGUUUUUUCCAUUACUCUCUGCCAUCCUUUUAUUUUGUAUUAAGUGGUUCAAUUUGUAUCUCAGUUCCUUCAUCAGUAGAAAUAUCAAACAAAACAGCCAUUGCAGUGGAGGGACACAGAUUGAAUUUUACUUGUACUGCAUCUGGCAAACCAAAGCCCAAGAUAGCAUGGACUAAGGUUGGCAGUGCUAUAGUGAUAACAGACACACCAUCAGUUUCAGUUAUUGUGGACAGACCAAGGACAGCAGACAACACGAUCCAGUAUCAAUGUACAGCCAGUAAUGGAGUGGAGACACCUGUUACAGCCACAGUCAAUGUCACUGUUUACUGUAAG